UUGGGUGGCUGCAAGUUUCUAUCAGACAUGGCCGAAUCAGCAAGAGAUGAGACGCAGGGUGGACAUUGUUUUAAGAAAGAAAAAAUAAAAUACACUCCGGAGGAGGAAGCCAAACUGGAAAGGCAACACUUUUGGAGAAUAAUUGAUGCUUUUAAGUAUUACAGGGUCCAUGUUCAGGAACAGGUCAAGCGUGCUGAGCGUCAGUUCCGCAGCCUGUCACAAAGCCACCAGAAUUUGCUGCCUGGUGUUUUGUACAAUCUGGCCCGCAUCACCCAGUGUGCUGACCAUAACCAGGAGAUUUUGCAUGCCAUUGUUCAUAACAGCCUUCACAUGUUUGAGAACGUAGAGUAUGGUGAAUGGGAGAAGGAUCCAAGGAAGGUUCGGCCAUCCACAACAUUUGACAUGGACAAACUUAAGUCGACCAUUAAGCAGUUUGUCAGAGACUGGAGUGAAGCUGGCCAGGCUGAGAGGGACACCUGCUACAAACCCAUCAUCCAAGAGAUCAAAAGGCUCUUUCCAAGUGACAAAUAUGAUGUGUCUAAGGUGAGCGUGUUGGUUCCGGGUGCGGGACUCGGUCGUCUCGCCUGGGAGAUUGCCCAGCAGGGUUAUACGUGCCAGGGCAAUGAAUGGAGUUUCUUCAUGCUCUUCUCCUCCAACUUUGUUCUCAACAGGUGUGAACAGGUAAACGCUCUGACCCUGUACCCCUGGAUCCACCAGUUCAGCAACAACAAAAAAUCCUCCGACCAAACACGACCAAUCAGGUUUCCUGACAUCAACCCUCAAAGCCUGCCAUAUGAUGCAGACUUCUCCAUGGUAGCAGGGGACUUUGUGGAGGUUUACACCGAACCAGAGUCCUGGAACUGUGUGGCAACUUGCUUCUUUAUCGACACAGCCCAUAAUGUCUUGGAAUAUAUGGACACAAUUUGGCAGAUUCUUAAACCAGGAGGAGUGUGGAUCAAUCUGGGCCCACUGCUGUAUCACUUUGAGAAUAUGGCCAAUGAGCUCUCAGUUGAACUAAGCUACGAAGACAUUAGGACAGCAAUGGUAAAGUUGGGCUUCAUCAUUGAGGUGGAGAACGAGUCCAUGCAGACCACCUACACAGAGAAUGACCGCUCAAUGCUGAGAUAUGUUUACGACUGUAUUUUCUUUGUUGCACGAAAACCUGCAGAGCUGCACUUUAACGGCCAAGACGACAGUCAGCAUCACAUCGCUCCUCCUGCUGCUAAGUCACCGCGGCGAGAAGGCACCGACAGACUGACGUGA